AUGCCCAAAAAAGUAGCUAUUGUCGGAGCAGGUAUAAGUGGAUUAGUUUCCCUCAAAUGCUGCUUGGAUGAAGGACUGGAGCCUACCUGCUUUGAGAGAAGUGAUGACAUCGGGGGAAUUUGGCAAUUCAAGGAAAAUAUUGAAGAAGGAAGGCCCAGCAUCUACAAAUCAUUGAUCAGUAACUCCUGUAAAGAGAUGUCAGUCUUUUCAGACUUCCCAUACCCAGAAGAUUUUCCAGUCUUUUUGCCCAAUGCCAGGCUUCUGGAAUACCUGGAGAUGUAUACAAAGCAUUUUGAUCUACGGAGACACAUUCAGUUCAAAACUAAAGUGAUCAAUAUUAGGAAGUGUCCUGACUUCUCUACCACUGGCCAAUGGGAUGUUAUCACAGAGACAGAAGGGGAGCAGAAGUCAGCCAUCUUUGAUGCUGUGAUGGUUUGCAUUGGUUUCCUUACUAACCCUAGGAUGCCACUCACUUCUUUUCCUGGUAUAGAAAUAUUUAAUGGCAUGUAUCUUCAUAGCCGGCAAUAUAAAAACGCAGAAGUAUUCCGGGAUAAAAGAGUACUUGUGAUUGGCAUGGGGAAUUCAGGAGUUGAUAUUGCAGUGGCAGCAACACACACAGCAAAAAAGGUGAUAAUUAGCACAAGUACAGGUGCUUGGACACUAAGCCGUGUUUUUGACAAUGGCUACCCAUGGGACAUGGUGUUCCUUACUCGUUUUAUGAACAUAGUCCGAAAUAGUCUUCCUGGCCGUAUCACAGCAUGGCUGGUUGCAAACCGAGCGAGCCAGUGGUUUGAUCAUGCCAACUAUGGAAUCAUUCCAGAAGAUAGAUUUGUGAUGAGAGAGCCAGUCUUAAAUGAUGAGCUGCCUGCUUGCAUCCUCACUGGGAAGAUCACUAUUAGACCUGAAGUGAAGACGUUUAAAGAAAAUGCUGUUAUAUUUGCAAAUACUCCCGAGGCAGAAGAUGUGGAUGUUGUUGUCUUUGCCACUGGAUACAAGGCUUCAUUUCCUUUCAUUGAUGAGUCUGUCAUCAAAGUUGAAAAUAAGCAUGCUUCAUUGUACAAAUACAUCUUCCCUCCUCAUUUGGAGAAACCAACACUUGCCCUUAUCGGGUUCUUCAAGCCAUUAGGACCAGUCAUACCAGCAGUGGAAAUCCAGGCACGCUGGGUCACUCGUGUCUUUAAUGGCUUAUGUAAAUUGCCUCCAGUGAACAUAAUGGUGAAGGAGGUCAAUGAAAUUAAGAAAAACAAGAAAAAGUGGUUUGGCUUGACGUUUGAUGAGGUUCUGAAGACAGAUUGGAUUGUCUACAUGGAUCAACUGGCCUCCUUCAUUGGUGUAAAACCUAGUGUGCCAGCUCUGCUUCUCAAAGAUCCAGAAAUAGCCACAAAGAUAUUCUUUGGGCCAUGCUCUGCCUACCAAUACCGUUUAACUGGGCCAGGGAAAUGGGAAGGGGCCAGAAAUGCAAUCCUGACCCAGUGGGAGCGAACCUUGAAGCCCACAAGAACCCGAGUUGUAGAAGACACUUCAAGUUUCUCUACAUAUGUGCUUAAAGUGCUUGCCCUCUUUGCUGUAUUUGCUGGUAUUUACUUCAGUUUCAAUUAGUUCUGGUGUAUCCACAGGGCAGUUAUCUGAUAUUAGAGUAAAAAACAAUAGGGAAAUGCAGUAUAUCUCAUGAAAUGGAAUAUGAAUAGUCUUUUAAACCACUUCUUUCAAUGGGAAACAUCACAUUCUGCUAAUUCACUUAUUUGAAUGGGAAACUCAUGAUCAGUUAACAGAGGGCAAGCUGCUGAUGACCUGCCCCUCUGAUACUUAUGGAGAAAUUAAAGACAAAUGAUGAU